AAGGACAACCAAUAAGGGUACCCUAGCAAAAUACUCAAACAAAAGGCACCACGAGUUCAUUCUCCCCCUCACAAUGGAGUUAUCACUCUCAUCUUCUUCCCUUCGAGUUUCUGGUUCAUCUCCACAUUUCAGAAAAUUUACCGCAAACACCAAAUGCAAAUUCUACGAUACAGUUUUCAAGUUCCCUGAUAACACUACUCUUACAACCAACUUCUACAGUAUCAAACGAAGCUCAAACGUAGUUUCAAACAAAUUCCCAAAGCAAUUCUCCAUCACGGCCUGCAGUCAAGUUGGUGCUGCUGAAUCCGAUCCACCAUUAAAGAAAGUUGCAGAUUUCAAAGACGCAUUCUGGAGAUUUCUAAGACCCCACACAAUUCGCGGAACAUCGUUAGGAUCGGUGUCUUUAGUAACAAGAGCACUUCUUGAAAACCCAAAUCUCAUCAAAUGGUCGCUUUUAAUCAAGGCAUUUUCCGGCCUAAUCGCUCUGAUAUGUGGAAAUGGUUACAUAGUCGGCAUCAAUCAAAUAUAUGAUAUCGGAAUUGAUAAGGUAAACAAACCCUAUCUACCAAUUGCUGCUGGAGAUCUUUCUGUUCAAUCAGCAUGGUUUUUAGUGUUAUCAUUUGCAGCACUUGGUGUUCUUAUUGUCGCCAUGAAUUUUGGCCCUUUUAUCACCUCCCUUUAUUGUCUUGGUCUUUUUCUGGGCACCAUUUAUUCUGUUCCACCAUUUCGCAUGAAAAGAUUUCCUGUUGCAGCAUUUCUCAUCAUUGCCACGGUGAGAGGUUUUCUUCUAAAUUUUGGUGUAUAUUAUGCUGUGAGAGCUGCUUUAGGACUAACAUUUCAAUGGAGUUCACCAGUGGCUUUUAUCACAACAUUUGUGACAUUAUUUGCAUUAGUAAUCGCCAUUACUAAAGAUCUUCCCGAUGUAGAGGGUGACCGAAAGUUUCAAAUUUCUACUUUUGCAACAAAACUUGGAGUAAGAAACAUUGCUUUAUUAGGAUCCGGGCUUCUUAUGAUGAAUUAUAUUGGUUCAAUAGUGGCAGCAUUCUACUUGCCUCAGGCUUUCAGGAGCAGCUUGAUGAUACCAUUACAUACCAUCUUGGCUUCCUGUUUGAUUUUCCAGGCAUGGGUACUUGAGCGUGCGAAUUACACCCAGGAGGCUAUAGCAGGCCAAAAUCCGCUUAAAAUGUUAAAAUUUUCCUUAAUAAAAUGUAAUCAUAUGAGACUUCAACAAAAGUUGACUUUUUUUUUUGCCUCAAAGAAUGAUGAAAGUUGA